UAUUAAGCCCCCUCUGGUUACGGCCCUGGUCCAACUUCACGAGAGCUGCCUUUCAAAGGAAAAAUGUUUAAAUUGGCCGCCCCUGCUUUUUCGGCGCCUAUGCGCAAAUCCACCCCUAACCCUGGACAUCAGCUUUCACCAGCAUCGGAACUUUUGGUCGCGGCUUUUGUUUGACUGUUUGAAUCACCUUGUAUAUAAUGUACUUAUUUUUAACAUUUUAAUAUUUAAAUCAGCUUAAAAUAUCAAAUAUAGAUGUAUAACUAAUUUCUAAGAAAAAAAUGUGCAGACUUUUUGUCUGUGGUGAUUCAGCGGGACAGUGCAGCUGACGCCUGCGGCCACCAGUAAAAUCCCUAGAAUUUAGAUUAGCAGAACGAUGGCCGGUUUCAAAAUAAAGUAGCGCUCUUAACAUGUUUAUACCGAAUCUAAUUGCCAAUAAUAAUUUGUAAAUGUGAGACUUAAUAACCAUGUAACUUAUAUAUUGACUUUUGUGUUAAUCGUAAUCGUAGUGAUAUUAUUAGUGGCAUUUUAACACAAAAUUAAGAAGACGCCAUGAUCCAUUGCCAAGCCCAUUCAAGAGUAAUCCUUCUUAUCAUUGUUGUUUCGUCAAUUUUCUACGCGAAAUGUGAUUAUACGAAUCAUUCCCUUCCUAAUGAAGAUGUAAUGACUACAAUACAAGUUUUAAAACAUUCCCCAUUAAACUUGCCUUACGGCGAAAAUGUCACCAUCAUCUGUAAAACUAGCUUACCUUUAAGCUCAUUAUGGUGGACAGUUAACAAUAAUAACCUCACCGAAGACAAUAGGUACAUACUGGAGAUGGAAAGUGAGAAUGUGAACGAAGCUUCGGGCAAGAAAAUAGAAGUCUCUAUUUUGCAUAUUGUCAAUGUUGACUUACGGCACAUUGGGGAGUAUACCUGCCAUGCGGUCAACGAAAGAGACAUCGACUUCCAUAAAAUAACUUUAAACGUCACAUUGCUUCCAAAUAUCAAAAGAAUAACACCUACAGUUCGUGUCAAACUGCACAAACACGUCAAACUACACUGUCUAGCCGAAGGGUUCCCCAUUGGCGAAAUCUUCUGGUUGAAAGACAAUAAACCACACUUGAAAUUUAAAGUGAACGUAAUCGACGAACUGUUACAAAAUUCGACGUUAGAAAUCAACGAACUUAAUAAAAAGGAUAAUGGUACGUAUAUGUGCGUUGCCAACGUCAACGGCGUGACUGCCAACAAAUCUUCGGCCGUUCUAGUAUUAGAUAAACCGCAAGUGACAAUAGACUUUGUUAAGGCGAUCGGUAAAUCGAAAAUAUUCUUAAAUUGGACUGUGAAUGACGGGAACGAACCUGACAGUCUCCACUACAGGAUCUCCUACAAAGGUCAGAACGAGACGAAUUGGUAUUACUAUCAGCAUGAAAUCGGCGGUUAUAAUCGCUCCUACGUUCUCAAGGAUGAGUUUAAGAACGAUACUGAAUACAUAAUCCGUAUAAUGGCCUGCAAUUCGGAAGGAGACAGCCAGUAUUUUACGACCGAUCCUGUCCGAACUCUAAUAGAGGAUCCCGUUUUUAUACCCACGGUUAAAGCUACAGGUGUGACUUCAAACUCCAUCACCAUUUCUUGGACGUCUCCACCUGACGAUCUUAGAGAUUUCGUCCAUUAUUAUCAGUUAUUAUCUUACGCAAUCAACUUUACCGAUCGCAGAGAGGCCGUGCACUUGGCCUCCAAAGAGAACCUGUACAUGUUUUCCGAUUUAAAGGCAGCUACGCAGUAUGAUUUUCAAGUGGCAGCGUGCAACGAAUACAGCCAUCAGUGUGGGCCCCUCUCGACCAAAGUGAACGGCACGACUAUGGACGGUACCUCUGGACCGCCCGGUAACGUUACUGUCGAAUGUAAAUUUGACAACAUCAGCCUAACCAGUUUUGUGUUCGUUACUUGGACGGCGCCAGUCAAUCCUCACGGGAUUAUAAUUUCGUAUAAUGUGAGUAAAUAAUGCCCUUCUGUUGAAGCUGG